AUGACAAUUCUGGAAGGUGCGGGUGUGCAUUCGUUUCGAGACUUUUUGCGAGAGCAGGGGGACGAGAACACACUGUUCUUCUACAAAGAAGUGUGUGAGUUCCAACGUCUCCCCCAUAGUCAGCAGCAGUACAUUCAAAUGCGCGCGCGACGGAUAUUUGACAAGUACGUUCGUCGUGGAGCGAGGUUGGAGCUGGAGAUGCCGGUUGAGACUCGACGAGAUAUCCUCUGGAAGCUGGCGACCCCGACGGAAGCCACGUUCUCAGAUGCGCAGCGCCUGGUCCUUCGGCAAUGGGAAACACGUGACUUACCGAAAUUCCGCAACAGUUCGCUGUAUCAGGAAAUGCUGGAUCAGAUCGCCGCGUCACCUGCGUCACCACAUCCAGGAAUUUCACACGACGGAGAGGAACACACGACCAGCAAUUCUAGUAGCGUCGGCUUUCUCGAAGUCUCUAAACUAUCUCUACGUGAGUUCUUGGAGCUCGAGCUACUUCGCAAGUACUUCCGACGGUUCUUGGAGCGUGAGCAGUGCGCAAACGAGUUGUAUUUCUUCUUCGAGAUCGCCACAUUCCAGCAGUUCCCGACUUCCGACUACCUCGCUCGACAGGCGAGAAAGCUGUUCAACCGGUUCUGUGACCCGCAAUCCCGUGAGUUUGUGCCCUUUUCUUCGCCAAUAAUUCACACAGACCUGCAAAGCAGUUUAACUAGCUCCAGUCCGGCCAUGUUUAAUAAGGCCCAAGAGCAGAUUCUCAGCUUCUUCGCCACCACGUUAUUCCCUAAAUUCCAGCAAAGCGAGAUCUACCACGGGAUUCGUAUCACACCUCAGCAACUGCGAGCAGCUCAACUAGCCACAAUUGGCGGGGCGUCGGACAGGAGGCUCGCUGGUGUGAACCCGUCGCAUGGCGCGCUAACUGAGGCCGAUGUGACGAUAAGUAUGAUCCUCGAGAACCCAGACACUCGUGCAAUGUUCCUGUUCUUCUCCGAAGAAAUCUUCUGCACGGAGAGUAUUUACUUCUGGAUGGACUGCAACGAGUUUAAGGACAUCCCCCACCGCAGUUAUCUCAAGCUACGAGCCCAGAAAAUAUAUCGAAAAUACAUUUGCGGGCGAGCUAAGCUCCAGGUGAAUCUGGAUAGCACGCUCAUCCGAGUGAUCGAGAGCAACCUGGACAAACCCACGCGCACGUUGUUCGCGCCAGCCCAACUAUCGAUCACCAAGAUGCUGGAGCGAGACACGCUGCCAAAGUUCCGCCGCUCCAAGCACUUUCAACCCUGUUUCCAGUUGCUACUCGCCGCUAGCUACAUGUAG